UAUAGAUUUUCGUUGGUUGUAAUUUUUUGCGAUUCCCUUAAAUGAUAAUACAAAAAAAAGGAAGAGUAUUACUCAAUAGUCAAAGUUCCUCUGUUUUAGCUGUCUUCUGUCUCGUUCUCAUCUCACAUGAACCAUACCUUUCUCUAACAUCACUCUCCUUUACACAACCCCAAAAAUAGACCUCUCCUCUCUUUCUCUCCGUUACAUUCUUUGCUCUCCCCCAAAAAGGAUCUCACUUUAUUUACACUAAUAGCCUUCUCUGCUUUGCCCAAUGGAACAACUAACCCCAGAGCUCUUCCUCGUGGCCGGUAACGCUGACUCUUUCGUCGUCGACGACCUCCUUGACUUUUCUAACGACGACGGCCAAGCUGACGACGGGUUUGACUCCUUUCCUGAUUCUUCCACCGUCUCCGCCGGUAAUCUCACCGACAGCUCUAACUCCUCCUCGCUGACCUCCGACGGCACUGGGUUUUCUGAUGACCUCUGUGUUCCGUGUGAGCAUUUAGCUGAAUUAGAGUGGCUUUCGAAUUUCGUGGAAGAGUCUUUCUCAAAAGAAGACCAAGACAAGCUUCACUUAUUAUCCGGCUUAAAAAACCCCCAAUCCACCGGGUUGACCCAGACCCACGAAAUUAAACCCGAACCCGAACCCGAAUUGGAUCAAAUCUUCAUUCCCACCGACACCGAUGACUCGAACGUCACCGUUCCCGCCAAAGCCAGAAGCAAGAGAUCACGCUCUGCAGCCUCCACGUGGGCAUCUCGCCUGUUGGCAAUCGCCGGCUCCGACGAAUCCAACCCCAAGAGGAAACAGCUCAGAGUAAAAGAACACGAAGUCGCCGGAGAUAUAGACGGCGACGGCGGAGAAUCAGGAGGAGGGCGAAGGUGUCUACACUGCGCGACGGAUAAGACGCCGCAGUGGCGGACGGGACCGAUGGGUCCGAAGACAUUGUGCAACGCGUGCGGCGUACGGUACAAAUCUGGACGUCUCGUGCCGGAGUAUCGACCGGCGUCGAGCCCGACGUUCGUGAUGGCGAGGCACUCGAACUCUCACCGGAAAGUGAUGGAACUCCGGCGACAGAAGGAGAUGCGAGAUGAACAUUUGCUGAGUCAGCUUCGGUGUGAGAAUCUCCUGAUGGAUAUCAGAUCCAACGGUGACGAUUUCUUAAUCCAUAACAAUAACCACGUGGCUCCUGAUUUUAGACACUUAAUUUAAUAUGGUAUUCCACAUGGACAAAACUCGGAAGAACUUGUUCUUUCUGGUUUUUUUUUUUUUUUUUUUUUUUUUUUUUUUAUUUCCCGUUUUUCCUUUUAACAUCUUAAUUAUUUUCAUUUCUUGCAGACUACUUACUGAUAUUUAAAUAACGUUUUCGUUUGAUUCUGGACUUCGCGAAAUUCAGAAUCGGAAAAAAUAAAUUGUAGACAGACUAGACCCCAGAUAAACAACCAUCUUAAUAA